CGAGGCUGACAAGAUGCUGGGAGUUUGCUGUCGGUUGUGCGGGAGACAGAGAAUCUGCGACAAGAGCAAGAACCUUUUCACCGAGGAAAAUAGAAAACUGCUGAGGCAUUUGGACUUGAUAACAGGACUUAAGUUGGAGGUGCUGCCCAAUGCUCCCGAAUCCAUGUGCCUGUGCUGCCAGUCCGAUCUCAGAUCGGCUAUGGCCUUCCGUAAACUCUGCAUCAAGGUCCAAAAAAGGUGGAAACCCAGCGAUGAGGAGAGCUCCACGUGGCCUGACUCGGAUAAUGAGAUCGAGAUGGAACCUGAAUGCCUCCAGCUCAGUACCUAUGGGGAGAGCGACGAUGACAUCAGGGUGCCCCAGAAAACAUUUCAAAUAUUAAUCGAGGAGGAUAGCACGGAUAAUUAUCUCAUAUGCGAUUCGGCUGCGGAAGAAGAGCAGAUGUUUUCACUAAAUCCAACUGUCGUAGAAGCCCCACCACCGGCAACUAGUCAGCGGAAAGGCCACAGAAGUAGGAUCAAAUCGAAGCCAGCAGAUCAGGUUUAUAUAUGCGAAAUGUGCGGAUCUCAUGCAACCUCUAAGCCUGUUUUCGAGCGCCAUAUGAGAAAGCACUCGGGCGAACGCCCGUUUGGUUGCGAAGAGUGUGCUGCCCGGUUUCUCAGCGCUGCCGAGUUGCGUGCCCACCGUCGCGUCCACACUAAAGAGCAGCCGUUUGCCUGUCGCUUCUGUGAGAGGAAGUAUGUCAGCUACAUGGGCAGGCUAAAGCAUGAGAGGAUCCACACCAACGAGCGACCCUUCGUCUGUGCCGAGUGCGGCCAGACCUUCACCAAUGCCUACAUUCUAAAGAAUCACAUGCUCAUCCACUCUGGAGAGAGGCGAUUCCAGUGCGAUCUCUGUGAUCGCUCCUUCCAAAGGAAGACCCACAUGCAGACGCACUUCCAGUCGCGAUUGCACCAGAGAAAGGCAAGGGAGGAUCAGAAGCGCAAAGAUGGAAUAAUUUCACAGAAACUAUAGAAGCACAACUUUUAUUAAAAAUAAUUUUAAAAUGGUUUGGAUUUGGGAAACUCGAAAUGCAAAUAACAUUUAUUAUCUUGAAUAUUUAAUCUUGAAUAAAUUUCAAUUCAUAAA